ACGGGCAACGAUGUAGGUGUACAUUGUACAAUGAUGGGCAGAUGUAUAUAGUUCUAUAGAAUUUGGAUAAGAAAAUAGAUAUAUAACAUGUCUGAUAACUGCAAACUUUGCUUUUAAAAUUAUGUUAGUCUGAGUUUAACUUAACUGGUUCUAUACAGUGUACUUCGAGACAGUUCUUGUUAUUAACAACAAAAUGUCGUUUUCUUUUGGUACGCCUUCAAGUGCUCCAGCAACUGGUUUAUCCGGGGGUUUUAGUUUCGGCGCUAACAAGCCUGCCACACCUGCCUUUGGUUUAGGUGGUACUCAGCCAUCCUUAGGGCUUUUUGGUACGCCUGCUACAUCAGCUCCAGCAUUUGGAACAACAACCCCUGCUUUUGGUUCAACGCCAGCAUUUGGUGCCACAUCCACAGCCCCGACAUUUGGAGCUAAUGCUACACCUGCAUUUGGGGCAAGUUCUGGUGCUCCUACAUUCGGAGCUAGUUCUACUCCAGCGUUUGGAUCCACAGCAACACCAGCAUUUGGUGCCAUAUCUGUUGCCCCAACAUUUGGUGCCACAUCAUCAGCACCUGCUUUUGGUGCAACAACUACACCAGCAUUCGGCGCAACAACUACACCUGCAUUUGGCGCAACAACUACACCUGCAUUUAGUGCUACAUCUAAUCCAGCAUUUGGAGCUACUUCUACACCAGCAUUUGGAGCUACUUCUACACCAGCGUUUGGAACUACAACGCCGGCCUUCGGUAACACCUCAUUUGGAAGUACUGGAUUGAGUUUUGGAGCUACAACUACUACCAGUCUUUCAUUUGGUACAACAACGACAACAAGUGCCGGCCUGGGUGGCCUCGGCGGUUUUGGGUUUAGUGGUACAACCACUGCACAGCCUAACAUAGGGCUGGGUGUUACAACUACUACAGGGAGCUUUGUUAAAAAUGUAUCCCUAAAUACGGCCGAAAAUAAUUCAAUUUAUACCGUAAAGUGCGCUAAGCGUGAUUGUUAUCCUACUGUAAUACCGUCAUAUGGAAAAUUAAAUACGUCUAACGGACAAGAACCAUGUCUAUUGUUAGCUCCUAGAGAGGAACUAAGAUUCGCAACAACCAGUUUAGGAUUGGGAGGUGCGGCACCCGCUAACACCGCGGGAGCUAGCGAUGGCAAAAGUGAACCUCCGAAGCAGACAAAAUUGCCAAACGAGGUAUCGACAACGGUGGAAGCUUUUAAAGAAUUUGUAAAGAAACAGAAAUCACUCAGCUCCGAUAUCAUGAGGGUGUCUAUCAAGCCUCUGCAGAAGGUGAGUCGCGAAGCGGAGUGCACCCUGCGCCUGGCCAUGUCCCUGAACGGCGAGACCUCUCGUUGUCGCGCUCAGUCGCGUCGGCUCCGCACCUCCGCCGCCGCCGCCCUCGCCGCCGCCGAGACGGCCAACCGAGACCCGCCGGGUUCCGAGUUGGAGGGGAUGACUCCGCCGACGUACGUGAAGGACCUGAUAUCAGAAUUGGAGCAGCAGAUCAUCACUUUCAGGAGACAGAUGGACGUGGCCGACAAGCAGAUGCAAUCCUCGCCCAAACUUCUCACGGAACAGGAACUGACCAUGGGCAUGCGCCGAAUGCACGAGUCGUUCGUGGCGUUGGCGGGGAGACUUCAGGCCGUGCACGCGCAGGUGCGAGCGCAGAAGGAGCAGUACCUCAACUUCAGGAAGUACGUGCUCAAGGACCCCACCGACGUCUUCGACACCAGCGCGAGCGCAAGCCUGGACCAGAUAUUGCGAGACGCGGAAGGAACGAGGAAGAAGAGCAAGUCGGGAAACCCGAGCGAGUCGGGGUUCGACGGCGCCGUGCUCUCGGACCCCAGGGCCGCCUUAGGAACCGUGCAGCAGUUGGCCGGACCGACGCCGUUCACGUACCUCGGCAGCACUCUGUCGCCCUUCUCCGCCGCCGAGGCCCAAGGAUCGAACUGGCAACCCACGCCGCAGGCGGUGAAUUCGUCGCUGCACUUUAGCGGUUUCGGGUCGCAGACGGACAGUUUUCAGCUUCAAAAACCUCCCGGAAAACGCGGAAAGCAGUGAUAUUGGCGACAUUGAACCGGGCUCGCUGCACUAUCUUCCGACCCUUACGGUCUCGAAGGACAGCUAUUACAAUCUGGAAAUUGUGAUCUAGAACCCGGUCAGCCCAGUCAGUUUUUGAAGAAACAUUGAGAAAAUAAGCUUAGAGCGAGCGGAGAAUGCUAGAUACUUAUGUAAUUGCGAAAUGGCUUUCUCGGUAGUGUAAUAUUAUUCGCUAUAAAGAUGAGUUUAAGUUGAUUCAUUUUAACUCAUAUUAUUGAUUAUAUAAGAAUCGCUCGACAUCGAGAAAAUAUCCCAAAUAUGUUUAUUGAUAAUUCUAAUUUUUUAGUUAAAACUUUUUGUAAUUUCAUAUUACAAGUUAAGAUUUAAUUUAUAAUUAAAAUGAUAAUUCUGUUUAUAUGUAAACUUCAUUCCAUUACGAUUUUAUUUUUGUCUGUCCGUUACUUGUGGAUAUGUCAAAAGAAAUCUUGCAAAAAGUGUACAUAUACAAAUUAAUAUGUAUCGUGUUUAUGAUUAGCAUUCUUUAAAUU